AGAGGAGGCUGCGACGCCGCCGGGUCCGCCGCGGCGCUGACGGCAGUGGCGGGUGUGAGCGCAGAGCCGGGCCCUGGGCAGCGGCGGCGCGGUAGGACCUCGCGCAGCGUCCGCGGGCUCCGGGGCGGGGGCUCCAGCGGCAAAGCCCCCUCCCCGGGGAGGCGGGGCCUGGGGGAGCUCCCUAGCCAGGGAGCGGCGGCGGCCGGGAACGAUGCAUCAGAAGCUGCUGAAGAGCGCACAUUACAUUGAGCUGGGCAGCUACCAGUACUGGCCGGUCCUGGUACCCCGUGGCAUCCGCCUGUACACCUACGAGCAGAUCCCCGUGUCCCUCAAGGACAACCCGUACAUCACCGACGGCUACCGGGCCUACCUGCCGUCCAGGCUGUGUAUCAAAAGUUUGUUUAUUUUAUCUAAUGAGACAGUAAACAUCUGGAGUCAUUUGCUGGGUUUCUUUCUCUUCUUCACCUUGGGAAUAUAUGACAUGACAUCUGUGUUACCUUCAGCAAGUGCGUCCAGAGAAGAUUUUGUAAUUUGUUCUAUUUGUCUUUUCUGCUUCCAGGUCUGUAUGCUCUGCUCUGUGGGCUAUCAUCUUUUUUCCUGCCAUCGGUCAGAAAAAACAUGUCGAAGAUGGAUGGCAUUAGAUUAUGCAGGAAUUUCUAUUGGAAUACUGGGCUGCUAUGUCUCAGGAGUAUUUUACGCAUUUUAUUGUAAUAACUACUGGCGUCAGGUAUACUUGAUCACAGUGCUUGCUAUGAUCCUGGCAGUGUUCUUUGCGCAGAUUCAUCCCAAUUACCUCACGCAGCAAUGGCAAAGGCUCCGUUCUAUCAUCUUUUGUUCUGUUUCGGGAUAUGGAGUGAUUCCUACUCUUCCACUUGGAUUAGAGCACUCUCUGUGUGCCAUUCUUGCAGACUGCUUCCUGCAUAUGAGAACAAGUUUCAUUAUUGGAGACAGUCUGCAAAACAAUUCAGAUUUAACAAUCUUAAAUCCAACUAUUAGAUUCGUAAUAAAUCUGGAGUUCAGUAACAGGAAGAUCUGUAAAAAAACAUGUUUUGCUUUUCAGGACUUUGCACCCCGUGUAAUUGUGAUGUAUAUGAUUGCUCUUCUUGCUUUCCUAUUCUACAUUUCCAAAGUCCCAGAGCGGUACUUUCCAGGACAACUAAACUACCUCGGAUCAAGCCACCAAAUAUGGCAUAUCCUUGCAGUAGUGAUGUUAUAUUGGUGGCAUCAGUCAACAGUGUAUGUCAUGCAGUACAGACAUAGCAAGCCUUGUCCUGACUAUGUUUCACAUUUGUGAAUUAGGUAUGGCCACCUGGUGAAUUCAGUUGUUAAGCAAUAUAUAAUGGGGAAUUGUAUACCCCACUAUUUCUAAAAUUCCCAUUCGUUUUCCCUUUUUCCUCUUUGAGUAACGCUUUAUAAAAAUGGGGGAAAAAAGUAUACUUAAGGAUCUGUAGUAAUAGCUGCUUUACAAAACCCUUAAAACUACUAAUUUGCUGCUUGUACAGAAAGUGAAAAUUAGUUGGCAAUCAUAAGAAAUAUCUGAAUAACAAUGAUGAAUGGGAAACUAGUGUUGAAAUAGGAUUCAUUUUACUUAGCACCAGCUUAAUUUCCUUAGGAAGGGCUCAUCUCCAUUAGAAAAUGGAGUCAUCCUAUGUGCUUAACUAUUUUCAGUAAAUUACCAAGUUUAAGUGCCUAAUCAAGUCAAGAGUUGUUUCAGCCUAUGCUUAAUGCAAGCUAGGAUAGUGAUUUUAAAUAAUCACUAGCUUUUAAGUACAUGAUUUGUGAGAAACUGGCACUUCAGAGAUUAUAUCCUUUAGCUAUAGGUUCUUCUCUCCCUAAGAACAUUAGAUAUUUUAGUUUUCCAGAACAAAAGCUUUAAACUUCUCCUGCAAGUUGAGAGAAGGUUUGAGAAGAGGAAAAGAACAUGUCAUUUUCUAUCAGAUAAGAAUCACAUUAGAAACUAAGUACAGGAUUAGACAAAUUAUGUGAUCAAACAACAUAGUCAUUAGCCACCUAAACAUUUUAAUUCCAGAUAUUAAUUCCAUAUAAUAACUGAAUUCUUGUGAGUGGAUUACAGCAGGUUUUUGAUCCCAAAAUUCCAGAGCUUUCAACUCUCUGAAUUUUUAGUCCUGAAUAUCCAGUGAUGGGGGUUCCCAGCUUUAUGGGUGCUACUUUCAAGGCCAUAGAAUCUAGAUGGCCCUGUCUUGACCCUGAAAUGAACCUUAAGCCUUAGAACAAAGUCAUGCAGAUACCCCAUUUGAUAAUACGCUUAUUCACCUGUGCUCUAGUCCUUGGUUUCUGCAUGUGUUAGCAUUGCAUUGAUAACUCAGAAUCUUGAUAAACACUUAAUAUUUGGACCUGAAGCAUUAAACUUUCUCUUUAUUGUAUAUACUUAAAAAAAUAGAUCUCACUGCCCUAUCAUACAUUGUAGCCCUCUUAUUCUUUGGUCUUUCAUAUGCAUUAAAUCCCUUAAAGCAGACAUUCAUAAAAACUUACAUUGUUUAUUGGAAUAUAAAAUAUUACCCAAGUUUCUUAAUGAGUUGACAUGAGCUGUUUUAAAUAUUGGUGUAUUUUCAGAACAGCAAAAUUACUGAAUAUCAGAAAAAAUGUUAAUUGAUGAUGAAGCUUAUUCCCAAAAUGCCUUUUGUACAUACGAUAUUUGGAAAGUCACUUUAAUGUGCCUCAGUUAAUACAUCAGUGAAAUGUUGUGUUUCUUUUCCAGUGUAGUGUUUUUGGAAUAUAAAUUCCCCAUGCUAGUAUCUCAGCAAAGAGAAUUUCCCCCCAGGAGGCUCAGUAAAGGAAUACCAUGUCUUACCCAUCGUGAUGAUGGAACCCUGCUUUGAAAAUGGCUAUUUUACCUUAUAAGGUUAAAAUUUUGAUCCAUAUGUUAAGUGAUAGAAGAUUUUGGUGCAACAGUAGAAGGUAUAUUUCUCCUAGAACAUCCCUUAUUGGCUUACAUGAUUUUAUUGCCUUUAAAUAGAUAUUUUGUCAUUUUGGCCAAACAAAAGACACUGAGUAGUUAUACUUAAGUUAAAAAUGAGAGGAAAGUCAUUAUUUUAGGUGUGGAGCCAUUUUUAUUAGAAAACUUUGUCAAAAUAAAAAAAAUUGAAUCAUUUCAAUUUUUGCAAUCCCUGUAUUAGUAUAUGAAUUAAUACUUGCCAUCUGAAUUAAUACAUAAAAAGAGCAUACUGUGUUUUUAAAUCAGUGUUUCUUUGAAUUUAAAGGGUGUACAGGUCUUUCUGUAGGAAAAUUGUUCCGUGUAAACAUUUCAACUUUUUAUGAAAAUGUUAAAUAUUGUAAGAAAGUUAUCCUCUCAUUUUUUCACUGCUUUGAUGUAUUUAUUAUAAAGUAGGGAAUGAAUGAAUGAAUGUGGAUUGCUGUCAACUAGAAACACUUCUGUAUGUCAGUCAGCAUUUAAUGACCACCUACUGUGUGCACAGCACUACUGGUAAAAUUUUGAAGACAUUGUUAACAUUAAAAAAUAUUUUAAAGUUGUCUACAAAUCUGAGCCUUGUAAUGAUGUAUAUUUAUUUUUGUUUUUAUAGAUUAAAAUAAGAUUAAAAUAUACUAUCCAGUUACAGUACUAAAAAAGACUGGUUUUAAUUUUACCAAUGUGUGAACUAUAAAAGCUUUUGCCUACAGAUUUUACAAGUACAUUUUAAAAUUAUCUAUGGCUGUUUUAAAUUGUCUCGCAAUUUAUAUGGUUGUGGUUAACUCAUUUAAGAAACAAUUAUCUUUCUAUAUUAAGCCAUUUUCAAAUAGCAAGACAGUGCUUGUCUUUUUUUGUUAUUACACUAACUGCAAUUCAGUAAGCUGCAUGACAAAAUAUGUAUUAUGUAAAUAAACCGGGUUUACUAAAUA